CAUGGACGAAGGGAACCAUUCCACGAGCGACGCGACCGGGGAGUCAGCAUGGCUUCCUGGCGUGAAGGCCCUGCAUAAGGAGCUGAUGGCACAUGCACUUGCAUGGCCGUUCUUGGAACCUGUGGACCCCAUCAAGUUGAAUAUCCCCACGUACUUUCAGAUCAUCGAACAACCGAUGGAUUUCGGCACCAUGCAAGCCAAGUUGCAGGGGUCGUCGUCUGCUGCGAAUGACGUCGAGGGUGACGACGGGAUGGCCGGUGCGUUUGGAGGCAGUAGUGUGGCGAUCAACUACACCAGUUUGGACGAGUACAAGCAAGAUUUGUUCCUCGUGUUUCGCAACGCGAUCAAAUUCAAUGCCGACGACGGCAGGGAAGAGUCCGUGGGCAAUAUCGCAAAACGAUUGCGACAGCAUGCUCUGAAACUGCUCGCAACAACCUUUGGGGAAUCGAGCCUGGCGUGGGGGGAAAGGAUGGAGCUCGGCACGCUGGAGCGUCAGGUCGCAAAUGCCAAGGAACAGAAGCUACGGGAACGAUGGAAGGGCCAAUCGUUCGUGGCGAGGAUGAAUAGGCAAAAGAUUCAAAAACGAAACGAAUCAGCUAUGCAAGGAAGCCCAUGAUGGUAAUCGGUGAAUGACGUUCUCGUUUCCUUGGCGGACGUUGCAAUGUAGCAUGUCCACCCAUAUGUACUUGCGCAAGAUUAGCGUUAAUAUGGGCCGUUUCACCCAUUCAAUUCUAAUCUAAGUUGGUUACUUGGAUA